ACAAGCUGCCCCGCAGCGGGACUCCUGCGGGACUCAGCACACGGGCCGCCAGGCUGCCGGGCACAGAUGUCCCGCUCACCUCUCCACACCGGGGCCGAGGCGCCCUCCCCGGGCCGGUCCACGGAGAACGGCCUGGAGGAGGGGGAGGGGGAGGAGGGGGGAGACCUGGACGACGAGGCGGACGCUUCCCAGCUGGAGAGGUUCAUGAGAGACCGGCGGAGAGCCAAGUCCCUGCCCGCCUGCCCGGCGCUGCUCCUGGACGCCGUCACCGGGAGCAGCGGGAGGAAGCGGGUGAAGUUCGCCGACUCCAUGGGGCUGAACCUGGCCAGCGUGAAGCACUUCAGCUCGCUGGAGGAGCCGCAGAUCCCGAGCAAAGUUCUGUCCCGGUACCGGAGCUUCCCGUCGACGCAGCAGCAGCAGGAGCUGCUGAACGACCUGUGCCACAGCUUCACGUCGAGCCUGGCCCCGGACCGGCUGGUCGCCCUCUUCCCGCAGCCCCGGGACACGGAGCGCAGAGUGCAGCGGCUCCGCGUCUGUCUGGAGAAGGUCACCGUCACCCAGUUCGACGUGCGGGGCCAGAUCCGGGUGUGGACGCACUGCGCCGACAAAGAGGUGGGGGUGAGGUACAGCUUCAACAACUGGAUGUCCUGCGUGGACGCGCAGGCUCUGGCCGUUGUGGCCGCGGACGAGCCGGGCCUCGUGGGGGAGCGGUUCUCCUUCACCGUGUACACGCCGCCCUUCAUGGAGCCGGGCUCGGCCGUGCACUUCGCCCUGUACCUGAGGAGCGAGGCCGGGGAGUUCUGGGACAACAACGCGGGGCAGAACUACACCCUCAGUUACUGCUGCGCGCCCUUCGUCGGCGCCGCGUUCCACGACACCUGACCGGGGCGUGCGUCGUGCGUAAGAGGCUCUCCAUCCGUGCGUAAGAGGCUCUCCAUCCGUGCGUAAGAGGCUCGCCAUCCGUGCGUAAGAGGCUCUCCACGCGCCCCCAGUGCAGACAGGAGCGCGCUGACGUGCAGCUGCUGUUUUCCACACGUCACGGUGUGUUGUGUUGAGUCUGAUGACGUCAGCAGGCCAACAGCUGACCUCAGGGGUCGUUCGGUGUCUCUGUUCCUCUUCCUCCUGGAUGUUCUGAGUCCGUAUGGCUGCAGCUUCGUCUGCCGACAAGGGAAAAGUUAGGUGUGGAUCAAUUUCAAAAUGACGUCGUGGUACAAUAAAAGAUAAUUGACCUGAUGUUUGGGGCCCAGUCGUGGAAACUGUCUCUUAAACAAACGGUCUCUUUGAUGAUGUUUAACUGAGGAAGACUGUGGGAUGUGGUCGAGACCUCUGGAUGAAGCUUGUGAACUGUCCUUGAGUAGAUGAAAGACAUGAAGCCGGAUGUUGAUCAGCAGCUGCUUGUUUUCUUUGGUUUGUGAAUAUGAAAUAAAAAUUAACUCGCACAUCUUU